CGGAGCGUCGCCACGACAGCCGGUCGGCCCGGUGGCACCAUUCGGUUUGGACCGGUCCGGCCAAUAACACGCCAUCUCCUCUCUGUAGGAGGAUACGGUGCUGCGACAGCGCUGGGAUAAGCAGGAGCGGCAUGGCCGUCUGGUGGGUGUGUGCGCCGCUCUGCGGCCUGCUGCUGCUGGCCGCCCCCUCCGUCCAGCAGUACCAGUCGGACACGCCGUGUCUGGACGCCCGCAGUCGCCAGGGACCGCCCGUCCCCGGACAGCGGUACCACGACUGUGACGCCGACGGACAGUUCCGGCCGCAGCAGUGCGUCGGCUCCGUCUGCUUCUGUGUUGAUACUCUGGGAGAGCAGAUGAGCCAGUUCGAGGCCGUCGGCAGACACGAGGCGCACCUCGUCUCCUGCGAGUGCGCCCGUCAGAAGACGCUGCAGGCGGGCCGGCACGGCGGCCAGUCGGUAUCCUGUGACCGGCGCGGUAACUUUGCGCCCCGCCAGUGUGUCGGCUCCCAGUGUCACUGCGUGGACCCGCUGACCGGCCAGAGACGCGACGAGCUCGGAUCGGUGCACGUCAGUCAGAUCGGCCAGCUCCGCUGCGGAGACGAGGGGACGGACCACGGCUCCACCGGGCAGUACGACCCGCCGCAGCUGGGCGGCGAGACGCGCUGCUGGGACGAGCUGCGCGCCCACGAACAGCGCAGCGCCGGCGGAGGUCUGCUCGGCGCCUCUCGGCCCGACUGUGACCGGCUCGGUCGGUACAAGCCCACCCAGUGCCGCGGCUCCAAGUGCUACUGCGUCAAACCGGACGGCGAGCGGCUCACUCAGUAUGAGAUGGCGCCCCGCGAGAGGCCGCUCUAUUGUGGCUGCGCGCGUCGCGUGCACGAGAUCUCCGAGAGCGGGCUGGUGGGCGUCGUCCUCAGCUGUGACGAGCACGGCGACUACGACCCACGCCAGUGUGUGGGCUCGGUGUGCCACUGCGCCGACACGGUCACCGGCGAGAAACACCGCGGCUCGGUGGAGGUGCCGAUUCACCGGUUCAGCACGCUCGACUGCUCGGCCCACGGUCACCGCCAGAAUGAGCGACCACCGCUCGGUAGCAACACGCCCUGCUGGGACGAGCUGAGGCGGCAUGAAGAAAGAAGCGAGCCGCUGCUGGGCGCCGAGAAACCCAACUGUGACCGCACCGGCAGAUAUCACCCCAAACAGUGCAGGGGCUCGGAGUGUUUCUGCGUGGACCCGAACAACUCUCCGCUGCCGCGGUACCGCGCCAGCCGCGCCCAGGGCGCCGCCAUGGGCUGCCUGUGCUCCCGCCGCGAAUGGGAGCUGCAGCAGGGCGGUCUGCUCGGCCUGAGCGUCAACUGCGACGAGCUCGGUAACUUCGCGCCGCACCAGUGUGUGGGCUCUCGGUGCCACUGCGUGGAAGCCGUCACCGGCGAGCGGCUGCCCGGCCUGGAGGCGCACGUGGCCGACCUGCGCAGCCUCGACUGCGCCGCCCACCGGCGGAGGCUGUUCGGCGGCGCCCGGUCGUGCCAGGAGCUGCGUCUGCAGAUUCUCCCCGGUCAGCCACAGCCCGAGUGUGACCGAGACGGUAACCUCGCCGCGGUCCAGUGCGCCGGCGGCUUCUGCCACUGUGUGACGCCCGACGGGGAGGAGCUCAAGGGCUACAGACAGCCGGAACAGAACAGAGCCAGCAUGUCAUGCGCGUGCGCGCGCCGGUCGUGGGAGGUGUCGCGCGACGGCCUGGGCCACCCGGUGGUGUGCGACAAGUUCGGCGGCUUCCACAGCCACCAGUGCGAGGGCAGCACGUGCUACUGCGUGGACCCGGCCAGCGGCCAGCCGGCCCCCGGCGGCACCGUGCACGUCUCCCAGCUGGCCAGCCUGCGGUGCGGCGAGCAGCGGCCGGCGCUGGGCAGCCGGCAGCCCUGCUGGCAGGAGCGCCGCCGCCGCGAGCAGCUGCAGACGGCGUCGGCGCGGCCGCUGCUCGGCCUCGAGCUGCCCCUGUGUGACCGCUCCGGACACUUUGAGCCCCGACAGUGCACCGGCUCCGAGUGUUACUGUGUGGACGCCGAGGGGACCCGGCUGAGCGGCUACCAGGGCGGCCGGCAGCACCACCACCAGAUGCACUGCGUGUGCGCCCGUCUGAAGGAGGAGACUCGCGCGCUGGGACUGGUGGGCACGUCCACCAACUGCGACUCGCUGGGCAACUUUGAGCGCCGCCAGUGCCGCGGCUCGCAGUGUUUCUGCGUGGACCCGCACACGGGCGGACAGGUGUCGGCCCAGUCGGUGCACAUCGCCCAGCUGAGCGCGCUCGACUGCUCCGGCUCCGGCUCCGGACCGGCUCCGGGCGGCGGCGGGCGCCGGCUCCUCGGCGGGGGGCGGCCUCUGCUCGGCGGACAGGGAGGCUCCGGACAAUCCGGAGGGACCGGACACUCCGGCUCCGGCUCCGGACAGUCGGGAGGAACUGGCCACUCCGGAGGCUCUGGCCACUCCGGAGGCUCUGGCUCUGGCCAUUCAGGAGACUCUGGAUCUGGUCAUUCUGGUGGCUCCGGCUCCGGCCACUCCGGAGGUUCUGGGCACUCUGGAGGAUCAGGCUCCGGCCAUUCAGAGGGCUCUGGCUCUGGCCAUUCAGGAGACUCUGGAUCUGGUCAUUCUGGUGGCUCCGGCUCCGGCCACUCCGGAGGUUCUGGGCACUCUGGAGACUCAGGCUCAGGCCACUCGGGAGGCUCAGGCUCUGGUCAUUCAGGAGGUUCAGGAUCUGGCCAUUCCGGCGGCUCUGGGUCCGGUCAUUCGGGAGGCUCAGGAGGCUCUGGGUCAGGUCACUCUGGUGGCUCCGGCUCCGGCAAUUCAGGAGGUUCAGGCUCUGGGCACUCAGGUGGCUCAGGAUCCGGCCACUCUGGCGGUACUGACCACUCUGGCGGCUCCGGCUCUGGUCACUCCGGUGGCACCGGCUACCCUGAUCAGCUGCGUCCCGGGGAGGGCGGCAGCGGCACUCGGGUCCGACCCGGUGAGGGCGGCAGCGGCACUCGGGUCCGACCCGGGGAGGGCGGCAGCGGCACACGGCGGCUGCUGGGCGGCGGCCGGCCCCCGCUGGGGGUCAGCCGGUCGCCGCCGGGCGGCGGCGGCCCCCAGCUGCUGGGCGGGAGCACGCCCUGCUGGCAGGAGCGCAGCCGGAUGAUGCAGUUCAUGGACCACGGACAGGCCGGGGACGGGUUCGUGCUGCCCGAGUGCGACCGCAGCGGCGGCUACCUGCCCAAACAGUGCCAGGGCUCUCAGUGCCGGUGCGUUGACCCGGCCGGAAACACCAUCGAAAACUUCGUCAGGAACAUCUGGGACGGUCCCGAUAUGAAGUGCCAGUGCGCCCGGCUGCGGUACGAUCUGGGCCGCUCCGGCCGAGUGGGCGUGUCCGCCGUCUGCGACGACCUCGGCAACUUCGAGACACGACAGUGCACCGGCUCGCAGUGCAUCUGCGUCGAUCACGUGACCGGCCAGAGGGUGGAGGGAACGGAGAGCGUGCACGUCUCCGAGCUGAACCGUCGGGAGGACUGGUGUCCGAGUCACCGCUCGAGCCACCCGUGCUGGGACGAGCAGCGCCGCACCGAGACACAGGCCGACGGCCGGCCCCUGCUCGGCGCCAGCCCGCCACAGUGCGACCUCUUCGGACAGUACGCCGCCAAACAGUGCAAGGGCAGCCAGUGCUGGUGUGUCGGCCCGGCCAACGAGCAGAUCGAGGGCUACAUGGCGCCCAUCAGCCGCUCGUCCGAGAUGCACUGCAGCUGCGCCCGCGAGCAGUGGCAGCUGCGCCGUAAACGGCUGCUCGGGCGGUCCGUGAGCUGCGACCGGCUAGGCAACUACGAGCCGCAGCAGUGCACCGGAUCCAGCUGCUUCCAGGUGGACACGGAGACAGGCCGCCGGGUACGGCAGCAGCGGCAGCACCACUCGCCGUCCGACCGUCCGGCCCCGCCGGUGUCGGAGCCGCUGACGGAGCCGGCGCCCUGUGAACGCUCGGCGCGCCGACUGGCCGGCACCGACCGGCAGCCCGUGUGCGCCGCCGACGGCACGUUCGCGCCGCUCCAGUGCCGCGGGGACACGUGCUACUGUGUGGACCCGGACGGCGGCCAGCUGCCCUACCGCUCCCGGCCAGCGGACCGCGCAACCUGCCACUGCGCGCGCCGCGAGCACGAGUUGCACACGUCCAGCGUGCGCGGCCUGACCGUGCGCUGCGACGAUCGUGGCGACUACGCGCCGGUCCAGUGUCUAGGCACCCAGUGUCACUGCGUCGAGCGCGCCACCGGCCACUGGAGGCUCGACGUGCCCGGACAGCACGUGGCGAACAUCGAGAAACUCAACUGCGGGGCGGGCGCCGGACAGACCGGCUACUGAGGCGACAGAACUGUUGGGGCGUCCUCGCACGAGUGUCAUACAGCCUUGGUUGGAUGACUGGCGGUAGACUGCACACAGUGCACAGCUGAAAUGGCCCGCGCAUCGACACGGUGCCGGAUAGAGGACGGUCUUCAUACAGUUGUCGCUGCUGAAUGUAACAUGUCCACUACGAUAUCGAAGACAUUGUGACAAGACAUCGUGAACCUGCCAGCGUUAGAUGAGCCUGAAGUAGUUCGUAAUGUUCUGUUACAUCGCAAUAAUACAAACAGACAAAUGGGA